CAUAGAUAUAUCUCGUUAUCUACCAUAGACAAACUUUUUUAAAUGUUUUUGUUUUAAAUAAAGAAAAGAGAAGAUGAUAAACAGAACCUCUGAUGUUAAAGGAAGUUUUUCAAAAUAUCUAGCAUGACGCUUAACAGAUUAAACUUAUUAUGGAUAAUGAAUUUAUUCUUAUUUGUAAACUCACAAGCAGAUGAAAAUUGUGAUCAUCAGCUAAACGCUUUCGCUACUGCAUCUUCUAAUUUCACUGCCUGUGCUAUUGCAAAUUCGAAGCCAAUAACUUUAUGUGAAGAUUGUGUUGAAACUUAUAUUCAAGUUGUAGAAAGCUAUCAAAAUAUGAGUCUGAGUUAUGGGGGAAAAAAGUGCAUUGAUAAUUAUGUUGAUUUGGAUAGACUUCAAAUUGUGAGAACAAUUUAUGAAAAUUGUUUCGAUUUAUGGAAUAGAGCAAAGUGUAAUGAUUGCUUUAAAUUUGAGAACUCAAAUCUUACACCCAAAAUAUCUAACAAAACUCUUCAGUUUGAUCAGUAUUAUGUUGAUCUUGUGAAAUGUAUCAAUGGAACACAAACAAAUAGUUCAAAAGAAAUAUGUCAGAAAUGUCUGCAGAAUUACAUGUAUUUGAAUAGUUUUUAUGUUAGUAUAAGCAAUGAAAAUGAUAAAAUUGGAGUUUGUAUGGAUAUAGUAGAUAUAAUGAAUACUACCCGCAGAUAUUGGAGUACUAAAUGCUGCAAAUAUAGGAGGCAUGAAGAAUAUGUUUUUAUUGGGAGUGCUGUUGGAAUAUUAACCUUAACAGGUGUUUUUUAUCUUAUGACCCUCUAUCUUGGGGAAAAAGAAAAACCACUCAUAUUACAACAAAAUCGUUUAGCUGAGUCUUUGAAUCAUUUGAAUAGGGACAGUGAUGAUAUUUCUGAUGAAGAAGAAUGAAUGAUGCUGUUUCUGAUAUUGAAAUUAUAGUGAGUCAUUUUUAUUCUAUAUUUUAUAAUGUUGAACAUUCAAAUUUGAAUAAAUAAUUAUUUUGCAA